AUCCUGCAUGAGCUUGGUGAAGCUUCCCCCACAACUCAAUUGCUCCUGCCGAAAUGUCACACUAGAUCUCUGAGCAGCUUGCAGAUAAAAUGUAUUGAUGCCGGUUCAUCUUGUUCAUUGAUAUGAGUAUCAAUGACUCUAUUCAGUUAGCAGUCACACAAUACCCCUAACAGCCAGUCAUUUGCUACUUCAACCAUACCAAGUCGGUCUUGCAGCACAAUCGCUUUGUAAAAGAUGAUGGCUCAAAUUCAGCGACCGCUCAUGAUUCAGUCGCAAUUCAUACGGCUAUGCUGUCCGCGCACGGCGAGGAGAACAACCAAGGCGCUGUUUGCAAGGGGGAACUUCCAGCGCAAGUUGCACACCAAGACGGUUACCGACAACGACAUAUCACGCCUUGCAAGCCUGCCGUUACAUCCGCUAACGCUCGCUGAUCUCGUCAAACACGGACGACCACCACUUACAACACAACAACUACUUACUUCGGCAAACUUUACACUUUCUAUCCUCCCCGCCCGCCUCGCGCACCGCAUCCAGUCGCUCCGCAAUCUCCCCUUCAUCGUCGUCUCGAAUCCUAAUGUCUCCAAGAUUCACUCGAAUUACAUGCACAGUCUGUCGACUUUGCUACCAUGGGCUGAGCAGGAGAUAAAGACACUCGAGGAGGAGGUUAGGUUCACAGAGGUCAUGGCAGAUCUCGUGCAAACACACGCGAAUACAAUCAGUAUCCUGGCCAGAGGCUUCUUGGAGGCAAGGAAAUACAUCAGCCCGAAGGAUGUGACGCGUUUCUUGGACGAGCAUCUUCGGGCGAGGAUAGGCACAAGAUUGAUCGCCGAGCAGCACUUGUCACUGCACUUUUCGAGCCAACCGCAUUGCGAGGUCAUGCAUGAUGUGGAAGACAAUCCGGGGUACAUUGGUGUCAUCGACACAAGACUGAAGCCAGCGCGCAUCGUGGACCACUGCGCUAACGUCGUGGGUGAGAUCUGUGAGCUCAAGUACGGUGUUCGACCUACGGUUGUCAUCAAUGGAGAGCCCGACUACGAAUUCGCCCACGUUCCCGUACAUCUCGAAUACAUCAUUACCGAGCUUCUCAAGAACGCAUUUCGCGCAACAGUCGAAAGCGGCAUGGAGCGCGAACCCAUCGAAGUCACUAUUGCCCCGCUUCCAGAACUUUUACCCGAGGACACAAAGAGCACAGAGUCGGAAGACAUACGCAACGAGAAGGUGGAGAAUGACGACCAGGGUAACACAGAUGUAGCUUCGCAGCGCUUUACAGGCAACAAGUCGACUACCUCUCCUCCGACUGCUUCCAACAUCCUCCCCCUCAAACACAGCACGCCUGGCGUAACGAUUCGAAUUCGCGACCGCGGUGGUGGCAUAUCGCCCGAAAACAUGGCUCACAUAUGGGACUAUAGCUUUACGACGUUCAACGACUCACAAGCAUCGUCGACACUUUCUGGUGGUAACCACUCGGGAAAUGGUAUGGAUGCACUGGGGGCUUUCUCGGGGGCUGGAGGCGAUGGAGCACAUAGUCUUGCAGGACUGGGCUAUGGACUGCCGCUUGGAAGGGCAUACGCAGAGUAUUUUGGGGGAGGCAUUGCGGUGCAGAGCCUCUGGGGAUGGGGAGCCGAUGUUUAUCUCAGUUUGAGGGGUGUGGGAAGGGUGGAGAAUGUUGAAGAGGCGGCAGAGAGUGCAAAGAGGAAACAAAGAUAG